UAUUCCACUGUCAGACCGCGAAGUGAAGAAAAAGAAGAAGACAUUUUUCUGGUGCAAGAGAGCUCCUCAAGAUUUUCCACACAAAGAGAAGCGAAUUAAAUUGGGAGGAUUUUUGAGUGAAUUAAAAUCUGUGCUUAGGAUAAAGUCCACGAACGAAAGGAGUAUCCCCGUGUGAUUAGCAUUGUGAUAGGAAUCCGCCCAGAGGAAGGACAUGGCGCUCAAGAAGCUUGCAAUUCUGCUGUUGGUGGUUUUCGCUGCUCAGCAAAUUCAGGGAGCUGAUAGUGAAACAGACUCCCUGCCUGUGAUCACUAACAGCACUCAGCCUCCUCCGGAGACCACAACAACCGAAAAGCCUACAACAUCAACGGAAUCAACUACAACUACGGAGUCUACGACAACAACAACCACAACAACAACAACUGAGGCUCCCACAACUACCACAGCAGCUCCUCCUGCUCCCACUCCCAAACCAGGUCCAGUUCCUCCUCCUGACAUGCACAAAUGGCAUUUCAGGAACUCCACAACCAACCAAACCUGCAUCAUUGUCCAGAUGGCUGUGCAACUGAACAUCUCAUACACCGCUACCGAUAAUUCCACGAAGAAGGUUCUGUACAAUUUGCCGGCUAAUGACACGACGGUUGCUUCGGGAUUCUGCGAUGGGGAGAAGAAUGUCUUGCAGUUGGUUUGGAAGAAGGGUAACACGGUCAAUCUCACAUUCAGUGUCAACAAUACGGUCAAGGAGUAUGAUCUGUCGGAAUUGCGUUUCGAUCUCAAUGCUUCGGACAUUUUUGCAGAUGCUAAAGCCAAUCAAACUCUGACCCUGGUGCACAAGCGACAUGAAUUCGUUACCCCUCUCACAAUGUCCUACCACUGUACCCGGGCUCAGGUGCUCAAUCUCACCUCAAGUGAGCCCAAUGAGGUGACAGUGCUAGGCCAGGCUCUGGUGUCCCGGCUGCAACUGGAAGCCUUCCAUACCCGCGACUCUGAAGUCUUCUCCACAGCCAAAGACUGCGAUGCCAUCGAUACUCCAGACAUUGUUCCCAUUGCCGUGGGAUGUGCUCUGGCUGGCCUGGUGGUCAUCGUUCUGAUUGCCUACCUUGUGGGCAGACGCAGGGCUCAAGCACGUGGAUACCUCAGCAUGUAAAGUGUCCCCGCUAUGAACUAAGGGAAGGAGUCAGUGAAGAUAAAAGAGAAAGAGGUAGUGCCCCAAAAUCACCCCCCAACAAUUCAUUUGCAGGUUUUUUUAUUUCAAACGUCGAGAUAAUGUGUUUUUUCCUCUGUCAAUUUUAAAAGCAGGCACCCAAAGGAGGUGAUAUUUAGAAGAUGAGAUGCAAAAAAAAGAAUAAAAUGAAAUUUAGUAUUUCCAAGGAGAAUAGAGAGCGUGAUGAUGUUUCAGAUUGGAUGAUGUAGGUGUAGAUUUUUUAAAAAGUCAAUAAAAUUGGUUGGAUUGGAGAGAAA